UAUUGGAACCCCGGCAUCUUGACCAAGUAGGUAUGCAUCAGCAUACCGUACGGCGUCAAGACCCUUUCCAAUGGCGGAUGACCCAAACGAACGAUUGCAUCCAAUAUGAUUUCAUUUCUAGGACCGGCCCAUCUCCGUAUUUUUAUAUCAUUCUUGAUAUAUAAUAAUUCUUCCGGUGCACACGCAAAUGGAUCACCCUCCUCCCUUUAUAACUACAUACAACCUUACUUUUCAUCUAAUCGGUCAUCGCAUCCAUCCUCCCUCCUCCAGCUUUUCUCUCUAGUCGUCUGUCUUACUCUUUUCACCUCCUCACGACACCUUCACUGAAAGCAGUGAUCUCAUGGACCCUUAUCUACCAACCUUUGAUUCUUCACCUGAUACAGGCGCCCCAGGGUUUGGUUCAUCAUCCAACUCUGCAUCUUCUUCUCCUUCUCUCUUGAACGACUACCCCAAUGCCCAUCUAAUGCAAGCGCCUGAUCGGCGCGUAACGAAUUCUAUCUCUCUGACAUCAGGAGGAUCCCCCACAAUGCAUAGCAAUCGACGAACAACAGCCUCCUACCAAUCCCGUCAGCCUCACAUUACUGAUCGUAACUCUGCCCACUCUCAAUCUGCAUUCGUCCCUCGCUUCAACCCAUCAGCUACUGGGUUAAGUACAUGCAAAAAUUUGACAAGGCAUUUGACCGUGCAGGAGCAAGAAAAUCUCCUCCAAAUGGAUGAACUCAAGUUCUUUCUCGCUACUGCUCCUUCCCGGUGGUCCUCGACCCCUUCAGGUUUAGCAAAAAAUAAUUCAUUUCCCAUGGCUUCCUCUGGCCACCCAGCCUCAUCACAUCCAUCUAUGAACCGGUUCCUCCUUCCUUCUUCGGAAUAUAUUACCUGUGUUUCGUGGAAUAAUCGCUACCACAUAACCGGCACAGACAUUGUUCGAGCCCUUGUUUUCCGCUUCGAGGCAUUUGGAAGACCCGUCAAAAACAUGAAAAAAUUCGAGGAAGGUAUCUUUAGCGAUCUGCGAAAUCUAAAGCCUGGUGUCGAUGCUUGCUUGGAAGAACCCAAGUCGCCAUUUCUUGAUCUUCUUUUCAAAUACCAGUGCAUACGCACUCAGAAAAAGCAAAAGGUGUUCUACUGGUUCUCGGUCCCUCAUGAUCGCCUUUUCCUUGAUGCCCUCGAACGCGAUCUCAAACGCGAGAAGAUGGACUUGGAACCAACUACCGUCAUCAUGGGUGAACCUGCCCUCUCGUUUACGUACGAGCCACAGCGCAGCCUGUAUGAACAAUUCAGCAAGGCGCAGAGCACCAUGGAAGCCGAUGGCGACGUCAUCAACGAUUUUGACGUUUCUCAAAUGAAUGCGAAAUGUGACACAAACGGAUCAGCACCAACCGUUUCACGUGCGGGGGCGAUGCACAACUCUAACUCGGGGGAGUUGCAUCUUAGUAACAGUCGUAUUGAUGGCGGAGGCGUCACGCAUCUUCCCUCAGCACUGCAUGGUCCCAAUAUGGCGUACCUGCCCCUUUCUAUUUUUGAAGGUUCUCCCACCUAUAAACAACGUCGCAAAAAACUGGUCAGCAGAGUCGAUGCAUUAAAGCUCAGUGACUCAGAAGAGUCACACAGUCACGCAUACGAGGUCGGCGUUGGCUAUGGACUUGAUGAUUCCGGCAUGACAGCCGCCGAUAUGUUCACCUCCCAAGCGAGAGGUGAACAAGAUCCUAGCGUGAGACGAGUCAAGGCUAUGAUUCAAGCGGAUAACGCGAUCUGGUCCAAUACACCGCAACUCGCUUCAGGGCAGACUUCUGUCACCCUGCCAAACGGAUCAGGCUUCGGGCGGUCAUCAAACAAACACCCGUCAUCGCAAUCCCAUCUCCAUCCUAUUACGGAGGGUUCCUCAUUAUCUUCGUUCCCUUCGGGUGUAGACGGCCAUCACGCCACCAACGGAUUGACGCUCACUUCGAAGGUGUAUGUUUGCCCCCUCUAUUCCUGUGGCCGCUUGUUCAAGCGCAUGGAGCACCUAAAGAGGCACGUACGGACUCACACCAUGGAACGCCCAUUUGUGUGUGACCGUUGCAAGAAGCGGUUCUCUCGAUCGGACAACCUCAACCAGCAUCUUCGCAUACACGCACGGACUGAAGGGUCUGAUACAGCUUCCGCUGAUCCGUGCGAUGAUGAGAUGGAAAACGAGGAAGCAGACGAAGGCGACGUUGCCUUUGCUGCGGCUCUCUCCUUUGCAGAGGGUGGCUUACAGGACAUGGAGACGUGUGUAUUGGAACUGCGAGGCCAGGUCCAAGAUGUGCAAGGCGACGAAGAGGGCCUAGUCGCACUGUCUGGUGUCGUCUCCCCCGUUAUGGAUACCGAUGCCACCUCAGAUGGUGGGCUCGGUAACAGUUAUUUUCUGCAAAGCGGUACUGGGAACCACGCCGGGUACGUUGAGUCGUCGGAGACCUGGGCCAGUCCCUUCAUGAAUUCUCCGUCGAUGAACGGGGAACCGAUCAUGUCGUCUCUCUCAGGUCCGUCUCAAAGACAGGAUUUUGCCCUGGACAACAUGUCCCUCCAUAUAGCACCCUCUGAGAUCGGACCUCAUAGACGUCAUAGAAGCGCGACUCCAUCUCUCAUGCGCUCGCAUUCUGCAUCCAGCAGUUCUAGCCGACACCACUACCACCCCUAUGCAUUAUCAUCUCAUUCACGCCCUAGUUCAUGUCACUCCAGCCCAUCCACUCUCUCAGAAUCUCUUGAAAAUUCCGCAGUUUCAUCACAUGCUAUGUCUCGUGAGGCCUUUAGGGCAUCACAGCCGCGUUCAUUCUCAGCGCCUUCCUUCAGUACCGGCCAAGAAUUACAAGGAGGGCUGGACAUCGGCGGCCUCAAUUUUGACGGCAUCUUCUCAAAUCACAUGUCGCUAUUCCCAGAACCCAGCUUCGACCUGUCACAGGCGUACUCCGAGCCCACAUACGAAUCAAGCUUGCUGUCAAUCUAAACUUGUUCGAGUUGGAAUACAGUAUACCUCUCUUGUGUUAAUUCGAUCUUGUUCAUCUUGCUAGCCCUAAUUGUAUCGAUAAUCUAUUUAUCACCCGCAACCUAGUACAUACUAUACCACCAGUGAUUGUUUUCGGGUCUUGUGGACUUGGUUGUGCAGGUCACUAUUGGGUUCUCUCCCCGCUUACGACACCGAGCCUCACGUGUUGCCAUUUUCUUGUAUCAACAUAUCACAUAUUGUUUCUUGUUACAAGUCUCCCCGAGCUCGGUGACACAUCGGUCCUGCUCGGAAAGGAUCUAUAUGCAUGGAGCUACGCGUAAUUUUUUUGUUUGUAUAUUAACGGGAUUCUGCCAUGUAUAUGUCAAUACAAUUGACCAAGCUACGCCUCGGAACUUAAUUGGGGGGGCCCAGCUGAUGCGCUCAUUUGACGAA